AUGAUUUUCGCUCUUUUUGUCGGCUUCAUCGUUCUCCUUUCGUUCUACAAUUUCUAUUGGAAGCGCCGCAAUCUUCCUCCAGGCCCUACGCCGUGGCCCAUUGUCGGCAACAUCUUGGAAUUGAAGCGCGCCGAGCGCUGGGAGGACAAAUUCCAGGAGUGGAAGGAGAAGUAUGGCCCAGUCUACACGUACUGGUUGGGAGAAAUCCCGUUCGUUUCGUUCAACAGCUACGAAAAGGUGCAUGAGUACUUUAUCAAGCGAGGAGAGGACUUUGCGGAUCGUCCACAAGUCCCCAAAUUCGACAUGUUGUUGAGAGGCGGGCAGUUCGGAGUCGCUUUUACGUCGGGUGCGUUGUGGAAGGACCAGCGGAAAUUCGCGAUGAAAAUCUUGAAUUCGUUUGGAGUUGGGAAAAAUGAGAUGGAGAAUAAUGUAGGCUGGAGAAUUUUUGACAAAUUUUUGUUUAAAAAUCAGUGAUUUGGUACCUCUUAUAUUGAAUUUUUAGGUUCUCAAUGAAGUUCAAUACAUGUUUGACAGAAUCGACGAGGGUAUCAAAAAGGGCGCCAAGGAGCAAGAUCUUAUCAGGCUGACCAACAUGGCAGUGGGAUCUAUCACAAAUAUGAUCGUUUGCGGCUACAGUUUCACUCAGUCGGUAAGAACUCCAUCUUUAAUUAUAAGCCGUCAUUUUGACAGCUAAAAAUUACAAUUGCAGAGUAUAAUAAUAAUAAGAAGAGUGUAUAAAUAUGUGUUAUCUUUCAGAAAAAAGAAGAAGAGUUCUACUACAUGAGAGAUCUCACCACCGAAGCCGUGGAAGUCGCCACAUCCGCGCUCUCGAACCUCGGUCUCAACAACCCGUGGAUCCUGAGGCUGCCCUACAUUGGCGACAACGGCAACAAGACCUUGAAGCUUUUCAAAGAAAUUUUCGCCUUUGUUGACUCAAAAGUUCAACAACACUUGCGAGAGAACGACUACAGUCAAAUCGCCGAACCCAAAGACUACAUUGACGCAUUCUUGAUCGAGAAGAUGCGUCUCGAGGAGCAGGGAGUCACCGACCACUUCUACACCGUGCAACAGUUGCGCAACGCAUGCUUUGACCUGUGGGUAGCCGGCCAAGAAUCGACCAGUGCCACGAUUCCAUGGCUAUUCGCCUACCUGAUCAUGAACCCCGACGUUCAGACCAAAAUGCAGGAGGAGUUGGACAAAGUCAUUGCCAGCGACCGCAUGAUCACCACGGCCGAUCGUCCCUCUCUGCCCUACACCAACGCCGUCAUAAUGGAGGCGCAGCGUUGCGGGAAUGUGAUCGCGCAGAACAUCCUGCAUGCGACGGGGAAAGAGGUCGAGGUUGAAGGGUAUGUCUUGCCAAAGCAGACAACGGUAGUGCCGCAAGUCUCGGUGAUUAUGCAGGAUCCGGUGGCCUUCCCGGAGCCAAAGAAGUUCAAUCCGGACCGAUUCAUCGACGAGUCGGGGCAUAUCCGAUCAAUCAAAGAGUUCCUUCCGUUCUCAAUAGGAAGACGAGUGUGUUACGGAGAGGGCAUGGCCAUGAUGGAGAUCUUCGACUUCACGGCCAAUCUGUUUAAUCGAUACAAAGUGUCGGUGGGAGAGAAACUCCCAUCGAUGAAAAAAUUGGCCGGUAAUGCGACGGAAAUUCAUCCGUAUACGGUGAAAGUGGAGAGGCGUGUUCCAUCGUAUGCCUAG